AUGGUUCAGCCUUCCUUCUCCAGCUCCGACGCAGCCAAUGGAGACUCUACCGUCUCGCCCACGGCCCCUCUCGAUGCCUUCCUUGACAACCAACCUCAGACUUUCUAUGAGAGCAUCUACAGAGCCGAAGAAGUGAUUCGUGCAGCCAGAGACCGGCAGAUCUUCCAGCCCCUGGUAUUCAAGCAUCAGAAGUUCCAAUGGUCGUUGAAUGACACCUUCAAGCGGGGCAUGCGCAAUGCUCUGACGGGACUCGGAACCUCGAACUCAUUCGGUGUGCCGUACAAGAGGCAGGCGCGCGAUCCAGCCCCGACGGCUGAGGAGCUGAUUGAUUAUGGAGAGAACACGUGGGAAUCGAUUCUGAAGUACAUGGUGUCCUCAGGAUUAGGAGCGAGGGUGACUGGCCGACCGCGCAACAGUGUGCUGAGCCUUCUGCACGCUUCUGGUCUCAUGGUUGAUCAAUUCGACGACACGGGACGGAAUCCCAAUUACGACCGCUUGACGAUCACGUCGCAGGGCUUCCAGUUCCUGCUCGAGGACCGUCAAACGCAACUCUGGCAGAUCCUCAUGUUCUACCUGGCUAGGAAGCAGCGUAGAGGGGAAGCCGCGGCAGACAUCCUGUCGUUGUUCUUCAGUCUGGGCUGCAUGCAGCUUGGGCAGGACUACUCGGCCUCCAAGAGCUUCCAGAAUUUCCCUCAGGGGCAACAAUGCCUCGAUGAUCUGGAGCAAUACGGCUUCAUUUACCGGCGGCAGGAGGUUGAUGGCAGGAAGACGGAUCAGUUCUUCCCGACCCACCUCGCCACCUCGCUCUGUUCAGGUGACACUUCGGUUAACCGGUCCGCGACUGCGGACGAUAAGCGUUUCCUCAUCCUGGAGACCAACUACCGUGUGUACGCCUACACCUCGAACGAGCUGGAAAUUGCGAUCCUGAAUCUCUUCGUGAACAUUACGAUCCGGUAUCCCAACCUGAUCGUUGGGCAUCUGGAUCGUCGACAUGUCAAGGCCGCGAUGGAUAAGGGUAUCUCUGCGUAUCAGAUCAUCUCCUACCUGACCACCCAUGCCCAUCCGCAGAUGUACAACCACCCGCCGCCGCUGCUCCACCCCUCCGUGACGGAUCAGCUGCAUCUGUGGGACCGAGAGAGGAAUCGUGUCCAGGCCCAAGACACUGUCAUGUUUGAGUUCUACUCGAAGGAGCUCUUCGAGACAUGCCGCGACGAGGCCGAGCGAAUGGGUGCUCUGCAGCACUCCGUGCAGCGGGGACAGGGCAUGGCCAAGCUAAUCUUUGUGGACCCGACAAUCCGUGAGUCGCUCCGCGAUUUCAUCAAGGAGAAGAAGCAGCAGUUGCGUGGCGACCUGUAA